GGUCCCUUUGUUGAGUCAUGGACAUGCAGCAAAACUGUGUUGAACUGUUUUGCCACGCCCACGCCCAAGGCCACGCCCACGCGCUCGCACACUUCCUUUUACGUUUCCCUUUUUUUCUCUCUCUCCGCGACAGCUUCCUCCUGGCACGCGCUCGCACUGACGCUCGUGCUCAGAGGGGAAAAAUCACACACACACACGCGCGUUUCUCCACCGCAGAAUGGUGACUGAUGUGAGAACUUCCCACGACAUGAUUCCUGGUCUGACUGCAGCAGCAGCACCAUGAGACCGUGUGUUUUUUUCACGCGCGCCGCCGCCGCACCGAACUUCUUUUAUCUGCUGCGCGCGGACCAAAGUGCAGGGUGGCGCGCGCGGGGACGGGAGCGCGCAAACAAGUGAACGCGCAGAGAACCUCAGGAGAGACCACAGUGGCAGAGAUGAACGGAACAGCAGUUGAGAAGAUGGAGGAGAAGCAUGGAGAGAAAUCCCGAUGGAAACUGUUUAUUGAGGAUAUCAGCGUCUUACAGCUGGUGCUCUCGUUCUUGCUUAUGGCCGUGUCCUGUCUGGUGUUGAUGAUUUAUCUGAUGUUCACGCCACUCUGGCCCAUUCCCACUCUCUACUUCACGUGGCAGUUGGUGGACUGGGAUUCACCUGAGCGAGGUUUUAAACAAACACAACGCAAACACAAAAAUGCGUUUGUGAGGAGAUGGAGAGUGUGGAAGCACUUUAAAGACUACUUCCCAGUAAAGUUGGUGAAGACGGCUGAGCUGAAUCCCAGUAAGAACUAUAUCCUGGGUUGCCACCCGCACGGCAUCAUGAGCAUCGGCGCCUUCUCCUGCUUCAACACAGACACCGGCGGGUUUGAACAGAUGUUCCCGGGAAUGCACUCCUCUCUGGCUAUACUGGCUGGCCUCUUCCGUAUACCACUCUUCAGAGAAUACGUCAUGUCUGCAGGUCUCUUGCCGGUCAGUAAGGCGGCUCUGGGGUACAUGCUGAGUCAAAAAGGUGUAGGCAACGCCAUAGUGAUCAUCAUCGGAGGAGCUGAGGAGUCUCUGGCUUCCUCUCCUGGAAUAAACACUGUAGUCAUGAAGCAGAAAGGCUUUGUUCGUCUCGCUCUGGAGAACGGGGCUGACCUGGUCCCAGUGUACUCGUUCGGGGAGAAUGAGCUGUUCCCGCAGGUGCUGCUGUCCGAGGGCAGCGUGGGCCGCAAGCUCCAGGAUCUGUUUAAGCGCGUGAUGGGUUUUGCUCCAUGUCUCUUCACUGGAGGACGCUGGUUGUUCCUGCCUUACAGGAGACCCAUCACUACUGUGGUUGGAAGCCCCAUCUCUGUGCCUCAUGUAUGCAAUCCAUCUGAACAGCAGGUGGACCACUAUCACAAGCUGUACAUGGAGUCUCUGUCCAAACUCUUCCACGCACACAAAUCCAGCAGUGGACUCGCCGACACACACCAACUACGCAUCAUCUGAACACUGAACACAUUUUAUACACACACAUAUACAAGCAUUCAGGACAAGAAGGUCUCAGGACUUUUUUUUUUUUUUUUUAUAGUUUAAACCAAAGAGGCAUCAAUACAAACGUGUUUACUUGUACAGUUUGUGAAUAAUUGAUUCUUUAGAUUGAUUUAGAAUGAUUCUGCAAUUUUUAAACUAAACUAACUACAGGGACAUAUUAAAUAUUUCUAAAUACCAAUUUUGUUUAAAAUUGACACAUUUUGCCCUGGGUGGAUAAAUGUUGCCAGAUCUUUACUAAAAUAAAACCAGGGCCUGUAGAGUGUUUUUUUAUUAUACAUUUUUUUUUAAAUAAUUCACUGCCUUUUCUCUUUUUCUGUAACUGCAUUAUCUUGAUGUCAUAAUCUGGAAAUAAUCCAUCUGUUGGAAUCCAGUAUAUAAUUGAUAUCGAUUAAAUAUAAAAUACGAAUUUCUAAUGUGAGAUGAAGCUUGAUGCUAGACACUGAGAUUAUUAAAUAUGUGCACUUCGUUUGUUUUUUUAUAUUAUGCUAUGUUUAUUGUGUGAAUUUGAUACAAAUAAACAAAUCCCCUCGAA